UAUUCAUUCGUUCGUUCAGCAGCAGUUGUUUCAUUCAUGGUUUUUUGGACGGGUGUGUUUAGGCGGAAUUGUGUUUUCAAAAUUGUUUUUAUUCGUGUAGAUGUGAUCAAUCUUCUACGAUGUCUUCGAUUUAUGUCUUUGGUUUGUUUACUAAAUUAAGUGUAUAAAUAUUGAGUGCGAAUGUGAAAAGUUGGACUUUGAUUUGUGUGGUCUUGUGCGAUUGUGAUCAUCAUGCCGGGUCUUAUUGGUAUCGGUGAAUUUAUUGAGGAAACCCGAGAAGAUUACAGUUCGCCAACCACUUCUACAUUUGUGUCGCGAAUGCCACAAUGUCGACAGACUAUCAACGCACUGGAAGAAACCUUGGAUUUCGAUCGGGAAGGACUAACAAAAUUAAAGAAGGCAAUAAAAGCAAUACACAAUUCUGGAAAUGCUCACGUGGACAAUGAGAUGUACCUAUCGCGGGCUCUGGAGCGGCUGGGUGGUAACGCGCUCAGCAAGGACUCGGAGCCCGACAUCGGAGCCGCAUUCUUCAAGUUUGCGGUCGUCACCAAGGAACUCUCCGCGCUCAUGAAAACUUUGAUGCAGAAUAUAAACAACAUAGUGAUGUUCCCAGUGGAUAGUCUAUUAAAGGGUGAUCUCAGAGGAGUCAAGGGUGAUUUAAAAAGGCCAUUCGAUAAAGCGUCCAAAGACUACGAGUCCAAGUACCUGAAAAUUGAGAAGGAAAAGAAAUCACAAGCGAAAGAAGCCGGUCUUAUUAGAACGGAAGUAACACCGGCCGAAAUAGCUGAUGAGAUGGAGAAAGAAAGAAGAUUGUUUCAAUUGCAAAUGUGCGAGUACCUGAUAAAGUUCAACGAGAUAAAGACGAAGAAGGGCAUCGAAUUACUGCAGCAUCUGGUGGAGUACUACCACGCGCAGACGAACUACUUCCAGGAUGGGCUGAAGACGAUAGAGCAUUUCGGCGUGUACGUUGCUGAUCUCAGUUCCCAGCUGCAGAGGAUUAGACAACAGCAGGACGACGAACGACGUGGCCUGCUUGAGCUCAGGAACAUGCUGCGAGCGGCAGCACCGCCAGAUAGAGAGGUGGCAUCAUCAGUAGGGGGGUAUUCAUUGCAUCAGCUACAAGGCGAUAAACAGCACGGCGUGACGCGAAGUGGGUAUUUGUUGAAGAAAUCCGAGGGCAAGGUGCGCCGCGUGUGGCAGAAGCGACGUUGUAGAGUUGCCGCAGAGGGAUACCUUGAUAUAUUCCAUGCAGAUGAAAACAAACCACCAGCGAGAGUAAACUUGCUCACAUGCCAGAUUAAAGUCGCCUCCGAUGAUAAGAGGGCGUUCGAUCUAGUCUCAUAUAAUCGUACAUACCAUUUCCAAGCGGAUGAUGAGAGCGAGCAGCGCGCAUGGACGUCGGUGCUGGUGAACUGCAAGGAGGGUGCGCUACUAAGGGAGUUCCACCAGCAAGCGGGGGAGGGCGGGGGUGGCGAGGCGGAUGGGGAGGGCCACUCGCUGCUCGACCUCCAACGAGCUAUAAUACGUGCGGUCCGCGCGUUGCCUGGCAACCACGUGUGUGCUGACUGCGGCUCAACCAAUGAUCCGACAUGGCUAUCGACGAACUUCGGUAUAAUAGUGUGUAUAGAAUGUUCUGGAAGUCACCGCGAGCUGGGCGUGCACAUCUCGCGCAUCCAGUCGCUGACGCUGGACAAGCUGAGCACGGCGCAGCUGCUGCUGGCGCGCCACAUGGGCAACCAGCUCUUCAAUGACGUCAUGGAGAACACGCUCGACGAACGCGACAAGCUGACACCGGAAAGCACCAUGGAGGAGCGGUUACGCUUCAUCCGCGAGAAGUACGUGUACCGCGUGUGGGCGCUGCGCACGUGCCGCGACGCCGCCGAGCGGCUGUCGGAGGUGCAGCACGCCGUCAACAACGCGCAGCUGCACAACCUGCUGCAGGCGUAUGCGGAGGGUGCGGACCUAGCUGCGCCGCUGCCCUGCUCGGACGGCGGUGAAACAGCGCUGCAUUUAGCGGUGUCCCGCGAGCUGGGGGACGGAUCCUGUCUCCAUAUAGUGGACUUCCUAAUCCAGAACGGCGGGUCUCAGUUGCUGGACAAGGCGACGUCGUCCGGCGUGACGGCGCUGCACCUGUGCGCGAUGUUCGAUAGGACGGAGCCGAUGAAGCUGCUGCUGAAGGCGGGCGCUGACGUCACGCUGCGGGACGCCAGCGGCAGGACUCCGCUGAUGGUGGCGCGACAGCUCGGACACCUCGCCUGUCAGGAAUUGUUGGAGAGUGUGGACAAGAGGGAGAAAAGUAUAUUCGAAAAUAUUAACAUCGACUGGAAUCUAUCCCACGACGACGGCUCUACUGACUUCUCAGAUGACGACACCGUCAUAGACGAGAGGCAUAACGGUAGUAUAACGCCUGAGAAGAAGUGUCCGCGGUCUCGUCCGCCCUCGUACGCGGGUGGGGGCGGUGCCGGGGGCGGGGGCGGCGGCGGCGGCGGCGGCGGGGACUCCCCCGUGCUGCGCUCGCGCUCCUCCACCUGCGACUCCCUGCACGCGCCCCCCACCCCCACCACGCUGCCUAGGAAACCCAACGUUUAUAACAUCGGUAGUCUGAAGAAGCGCGCUGCGCCGUUGCCGCCGGCUGUAGCGCUGUCGCAUGCGCCUCACCCCGCACACCCCGCACACCCUGCGCACGCCCCGCACCCGCGCUCCACGCCCUCGCCCUCCGCGGACAGCACGCGCUCCAUACACGGUGUGAAGCACCGGCCGCAGCAGCCGCCGCCUACGCCCACCACCGCGACGAACCCACGCCGCCGCCCAGGAAGGAUUGUUCUAGUCAGGAUUCGUCUCUGGAGUUGUGUGAGAUGUCUGAGCUGUGCGGGGAGGGGCGCGGCGCGCUGGGGGCGGGGGCGGGGGCGGGGGCGGGGCGCGCGCGUCGCAGCGACAGUCGCUCCCUUGAUGUCUCUGACACUUCUAGUGUACAUUCGCGCUCGCCUUCCACUUCUAUUACAAUGAUGGGCGGUGGCAUGCGCCGCUGCCGUGCGCUGUACGACUGCUCCGCGGAUAAUGAGGACGAGCUGUCGUUUAGAGAGGGCGAGGUGAU